CAUUCACCGCUUUGCCGCACCCAAGUGAGAGGGCGUUGUUGGGCGGAGCGUCGCAGGAACUACAAGCAGACCUCUUUCAAAGCAGCAGGGUAGCGGAUAAAAAUACUGAAAAUAGUACGCUCGCUUUCUACGAGAAGGUGCUGUCUUUUCAAUCAUAUUUCAACUAAACGAGGGAGCCAACAGGACCCGGUGAUGAACGGUGACUCAGGUUCAGGGGUGGUGACUGCGCCCCCUCCCACCACCGCCCCCCACAAGGAGCGCUACUUUGACCGAGUGGACGAGAGCAGCCCGGAGUACCAGAGGGAGAGGAACAUGGCCCCAGACCUCAGACAGGACUUCAACAUGAUGGAGCAGAGGAAGAGGGUCUCCAUGAUCCUGCAGAGCCCAGCGUUCUGUGAUGAGCUGGAUACGAUGAUUCAGGACCAGCUGAAGAGGGGAAAGACUCCCACCAGCUUGUUGGCUCUGCAGCAGAUAGCUGACUUUAUGACCACCAGUAUCCCCACCAUGUACCCUGCAGCGCCCCAGGGAGGCAUGGCUGCGCUCAGCAUGACACCCCAAGGAGGCAUGACUGCCUUCAACAUGAGUCUGGGCAUGGUAACCCCAGUGAAUGACCUGCGUGGAUCUGACUCGAUCUCCUAUGAGAAGGGAGAGAAGCUGCUCCGCUGUAAGCUGGCCGCCUUCUACCGCCUAACAGACCUCUUUGGCUGGUCCCAACUCAUCUACAACCACUUAACCGUACGGGUGAAUUCAGAUCAGGAGAGGUUCCUGAUUGUCCCUUUUGGGCUUCUGUACAGUGAAGUCUCCGCCUCCAGUCUGGUGAAGAUUAAUAUACAAGGGGAGAUAGUGGACCGAGGGAGCACCAACCUGGGUGUUAACCAGGCUGGCUUCACUCUCCACUCAGCCAUCUACGCAGCCCGGCCAGACAUCAAGUGCAUCGUGCACGUUCACACACCGGCUGGCGCUGCAGUGUCGGCCAUGAAGUGUGGCCUGCUGCCCAUCUCUCCAGAGGCCCUGACCCUGGGGGAGGUGGCUUACCAUGACUACCACGGCAUCCUCAUAGACGAGGAGGAGAACGUCCUCAUACAGAAAAACCUGGGCCCAACCAGCAAGGUCCUGAUCCUGAGAAACCAUGGUCUGGUGUCUGUUGGGGAGACUGUGGAGGAAGCCUUCUACUAUAUCCACAACCUGGUCACUGCAUGUGAGAUCCAGGUGCGCACCCUAGCCAGUGCUGGAGGUCCUGAUAACCUGGUGAUGCUGGACCCUGCUAAGUACAAGGCUCGGCCGCGGUGCUCUGAGCAUGUCGAGGGCUCCACACACCCCAAGUGGCUGGUCGGGGAGCAGGAGUUUGAGGCUUACAUGAGGAUGCUGGAUAACCUGGGCUACAGGACGGGCUAUCCCUACAGGUGCCCUGCCCUGAGAGACAAAGCUAAAAAGUUCAGCAGCGAUGUAGAGAUCGCUCCCUCAGCCACGGGCUACUCCUAUGCCGAGGAUAGUGACUCAGGCGCUCGCUCCCCUCUCAAACUCAGCUUUCAGAGGCAGCAGCGCGACAAGACUGGCUGGCUGAACUCGGGCCGGCCGGAAGAGGCCUACGAGGAAGGGGCCGACAGCGGCAGUCCCAAGUCGAAGACUAAGGUGUGGACGAACAUUACACACGAUCACGUCAAACCCUUGCUGCAGUCUCUCUCGUCCGGUGUCUGCGUGCCAAGCUGUAUUACCAACUGCUUGUGGACAAAUGAGGAAGGAAUGCGACAGGCUGCAGUGGCCAAUCAGUUUGUCCCGCUCAACACAAACCCCAAGGAGGUGCUGGAGAUGAGGAACAAGAUCAGAGAGCAGAACCUGAAGGACAUCACGACGGCAGGGCCAGAGUCCCAGGUGCUGUGUGCUGGAAGCAUGGUGGACCGCUCCUUUGUCCAGAGAAGUUCAGUGUGGCAGGACGCCCCUCUGUCUGACUGUACGGACACUAUUGCCGACCUCGAUCUGUCAGAGGCCAAUAGCCCUGCUAAGUCUUUUAGAAAGGGGGAGCUAGUGACAGCGUCUAAGGCCAUCAUAGAGAAGGAGUACCAGCCACGUGUCAUCAUCAACAAGAAAGGCCCGAACCCCUUCAAUAAACAGUAUGACCAGGAGCUGGAGGAUUACCGCAAAGAGGUGGAACUCAAACAGAAAGGCCCCGAUGUACAGGGUGAAGAGUCCUUCCAGCUCCCUUCAGCUGGGCCUGGAGAGGGCCUGUCCCCCUCUACCUCACCACAGAAGCCCCCACUGCCGCCAAAGCCCCUCUGUAUCCCAGAGCAGGGAGCUGGAGUUGGACUGGUCCUCCCUGGGGUCUCUGAGCCUACCCCCACAGCCUCCUCCAAGGCUACCUCUCCCUCCUCCUCUCUCCCCAGUCGAGACAUUCUGACUGGGUCGGGGAGCAGUCAGGGGAGCCCAGGGACGUCCACGGGGACUGGGGGCUACGAGGAAGAGUCCCCCUCAGAGUCUCCUCACAAGGACUUUCACUGUGCUGUGCUGAAGGCUCUCAGCACCACCAACACAGAGCUGCCUGCCCUCACUGAGGUUCCAGACUCCUCAGAUGCGUUACCAGAGCCUGAGGAAGAGGCAAAGGGUCAAAGUCCGACCCGCACACCACCCAGCACCCCUGUCAGAGCAGAGGAAGAUUCUCAGCUGGAGCACACCUAUAAGGAUGAGAGUGAUCAGGCUACACUGAGACAGACCCUCCCUGACCUGACCCCAGACGAUGAACCCUCAGACGCCCCAGUCCCCGCCCUCCCUGCCGAAGAUCCUGCCACUCCCGCUGCCACCGAACAGCCCACCACCGUGGGAGAGGAGCCUGCUGAUGCUGCCGGCGACCAAGACUGCGAACAGGACGGCGACGAAUCCCCCAGCAAAUCGCCUUCCAAGAAGAAGAAGAAGUUCCGCACUCCUUCCUUCCUCAAGAAAAACAAGAAGAAGACUGAAGAAAAGGAAGGAAAAGCAAAGGAACCCUAGACCUCCCCUCUUACCCUUCGCUUCCCCUUGAGCGAGCCACAACCGUUGACCCUACAUGCUUAGUAUUAUUUGUCUGGCUUUAUAACUCUGUGUUCAUCUCCCAGUGUGUGCCAAUUUUAUAUAAAAAAAAAAAAGUGUCAAUCGCUUAUGAAGUUUUAAAAACGGUCGCUCUGUGGCGAAUGACUGUGCAUUCGGUCUGGUUCAGUGCAGAUGUGCGGCUUCUUACGCUUGUCUAUUUAGGCUUGCUACUUUAAGUGAGCAGUAGAUUUUUAUUUCCCUUUUUUAUUUGUUUAAAUAAUGUGUUUUACUAAAACCUGAUUUAACCACUAGAAUGUAUGAAAUUAUAUCAGUGUCUUUAAAAACAAAAAAAAGUUUAAAAAAAACAAGGAGGGCAAAAGCAAAGAAAUACUUGAGCUCUGUAAUUUAAUUAAACUGGUGGAAACUGAUUCAAGAUUUAAAAACGACCAACUGCACGGUGCUGAUUUCUGAUGUCUAAUAUUAGCGUUAAAUCUGUUCACUCAAACAGCAUUGGGUACGGGAGCGGGUUUUCCUCUCUGCAGUAGAACUGGUGGGUGGAUAUAAAAGGGCCGGAUGGCCAAGGUAAAUCACUACCAUUUAUACAGAUUUAUUGUGUGACUCAUCGUGUGCCCUGCGGCCCGUAAGAACUCAAAUCAUGUUGAGAAUAUCAGUCGCCACCUCUAUCAACCAGGGUUGGUGGUACCUGGUGAGACUGCUGGUAUUGCACCGGUCUACACAGGCUGUAUGGUCACGUGGCAGGAAUGUGUAGAGACUAGGGCAGACGUUUUUUUUAUGUUAUAUAAUCCUGUAUCCUUGGCUUGCUUUAGCUCUCCCCUCCCUCCUAACCUAAUCACUCCAAUCACAGGAAAGACAUGGAACAUAAGAGGACAAAAUAUGGCUACAGUUACAAGAGAGAACACAGAUUUUGUAUGGUUAAUGAUAUAGCUAUAGUCAUCUUUUGUUAUUCUCAACAACAAAAAACAAAUUGAGUCAUUUUCACUUGCUGUGAGAGCACUGUGAACUGAAGCACCUCAAUUACAAUAUAACACUGCCUGGAACUCACUGUUUUACCAUUUGCUUUUAGAGAAAACCGUAGGCUUGCCUGGAUCCAAACAGGGUGAAACGAAACCAUUCCAUCUGGAUUCAGGCUAAUAGUGGGUAUAUGGAAUGUAGGAAUACCGUUGCUAUAAGGCACAUCUCACUAUUUUAACGCUGCAUGCAUAACUAGUGACCACACCUCAAUGGACUAUCCUGUGAAACCCCUCUGAAAUGAAAAGACUGUCUCAAGAAAACAUCUCGCUUUCAAGUUGCACUCAAGACCCUAUGGAGAUAUAGUACAGUAAUCAAUCUAGUUGGUGAGAUCUUACAGCCUGGUCCCAGAUCUGUUUGUGCUGCCAUGCCUAACUGUGAUGAUAGGAAUUGGCAAGACGACACAAACAGAUCUGGGACCAGACUAGCGAUCUUACACCUUGUCUUUUUAAAAUGGUUGGUAAGCAGUUGGGUAUUAAUACUGGAUAAUGUCAUUAAUUAAUUCCACUUGUCUGUGAAGCUUGGUUUAGACCACUAUAAAAAUCUAGCCUUGUCCCAGAUCGGUUUGUGCAGUCUUGAGAAUGACCAAAGGAGUUGGCAAGACUGCAAUAACUGCUCUAGGACAAGGCUAUGAUAAACCUGCUAUAUUACAUGAUGUAAGCUGAGAACAUUAGCCUGUUCCCUGAACCUGAAGGACUGCAUGGCAUGAAACUAAGGCUUUGUGCUUGUAUUGUAGGUCUGUCUCUCUUCAUUAUGACUGUAACUCACUUUUACUUUGCAAUUGUUGUGCAAUUUUUAUUUUAUUUUAGUCAAUUGUUUUAAACUCGCAGCAAUGUAUUCUUUGAACUAUUUCCCAUACAAACAUGUCAUCAUACCAUCUAUAGCUUCACUACCAUUUUCUUCAUGGAACUGUUUGUUUUUUAACCAUUAAUAAAAAUCCUUCCUUCAACAAAAA